GUCGAAACCGAUGUGAGGGACUCGAAAUAGAUUUUGUGGUUUCGAGUUUGGGUUCAAAAUCGGAAAAGGGGGUUUCGAUUUAUGGUUGUAAAACCUCAUGCGGGGUUCGAUUUAUCGAUUUUUAGGGUUUGUUUAUCUGGGAUCUGAAAUCGAUUUGGGGGUUUCGAGUUAUGGUUUUAAAUCUGCAUGUGGGUUCGAUUUAUGGGUCGUUUCAUCAUAAUUUUUCGUGAUUAUGUCGUAAUCUGUUUUAUCUUUGUUGUUUAGAUGGAUCCCGUGGAAGAUAGAAUAAAUACAAAGAGGCAAGAGGAGUACUACAACAGGAUGGGAAACGUGGCCGAUUCAGAAUAUGGGAUUCCCAGAAGGUGUCCCUGUGGUGGGGGAAUCCGAGACGAGGUUCGCGUGAAGGAGGAGUACGACACUUUGCCUGGGAAACGCUUCUUCACAUGCAUCAACUACGAGGCUGAUGGGUUUCAUUACCGUCAGCCUUGGGUUAUAGGUGUGCAGGAGGAGAUCGAAAGUCUGCGUAGGCGGGUGGAGAAGGCUGAGCAGGUGAUCAAGUUGGUGCCCAAUCUCAAUAAACAUAUCGACACAGUUGAGGCAGAGGUUAACCGCCUCAGUUUGGUGGUUGAUAACCUCACUGCUGAGAUUUAUUCUCUCACUGUGCAGGUCGCAAAUCUGGAGAAGGUCUGCUUCGAAUAAAAACCUUAAGGUAAACACUCAAGCUUAACUAAGCUUAACUGAACUGAAGUAUUUAGCUUGCUCUGCUGAAUGCUGUGAUGAAUGCUGAACUAGAGGUGAAC